AUGGCGAAGCUGUCACUUUACGACGGAUCGUCGGGAGAAGAAAGCAAACGUGAGUCUGCUUGCGGGUUGACUGUUGCGAUUGUCGAUCUUUCGGGCACGACCAGAAACUGGUUCCAUCUCUCCUCAACUUCCGACCAUUGGCGCUUGAAAUUCUGGGUUAAGAAUCUAGCAGUCUUGGAGUCAAUCAAGUUCCGAGGCACACUGAUGCGUCAAUUUCAGGAGGAAUGUGAGCAGCAGGCCAGCAACGACCAAGAUGCAAACAAAGACCUUCCACUGCUGCCAUCGACCGAACACAUCCGAACGGAGGCAGAGAAGUUGCUGACCGAGUUUGCUGCCAAUCCAGUUCCCGACCUUGCAAGCUUGUGCGCAGGUCGCCACGCAAGUAGUGAGUAA